CUUCACCUCGAUCACUUCAUCUCUUUCCUUCCUCUUUCCUCUUUCUCUCUCUCUCUAUAUACAUAGAUGUCCAUUUUCCAAGUCGCUGAAAAGUUCUGAGUUUAUUUUUUCUCUGGUUUGAUAGAGAAAUAUAUAGUGAUUUGUGUUGCAGAAGUGGAGAUGGAAGUGAUGAUAAAAUCGCCGGCGCCGGCGGCGGAGUUUAACUUCGACAGUGCGUGUACGACGCCGUAUAUGAGUGCGCCUUCGAGUCCACAGCGUUUUGGGAACUUUUUUUAUAGUGCCCCGGCUAGCCCCACCAGGGUGUCGGCGCUCGCCGGCGGUGGGGUUCCGUUUGAUUGGGAAGAGGAGCCCGGAAUUCCGAAGCUUAAAGAGGACGAGGAUUAUGAGGACGAUGAUGAGUUCGCUUUUGAUUUUAGUGGGCAGUUGGAGAAAUCCUCUUUCUCUGCGGCGGAUGAGCUGUUUGACGGCGGCAAGAUUAAGCCGUUGAAGCCGCCGCCGAGGUUUCAGUACGAGGGGAAACCGCCGGACUCUCCGAAAUCGCCGAAGCAAAGGAUUAAGGAGGCAUUCUCGCCGCGCCACCGGAGGAAGGAUUUUGACCCGUUCUCCGCCGCAAUUGAACAGAGCCGGAGGGACGAUAAGGACGACAACGAUUCAUCAAAUCAACGGCGAGGAAGAGAAAGAAACGCCGAUCCGACGGCCGUCCGUUCCAAUUCCCGCCACAAAGGAACAAGAUCCCUCUCCCCUUUCCGCAUAUCCGAUUUAUUACUGGACCGCGACGAAAACACUUGUUCUUCUUCUUCUUCCUCAUCCUCCUCCUCGGCGGCGGUUUCUUCCUUCAUCUCCAUGUGGUACCGGAAAUGGAAGCUGAAAGAUCUUUUACUCUUCCGAAGCGCGUCGGAGGGGCGAGCGAGCAGUAAAGAGAUGAUGAACAAAUACGCAAUGCUGAAAAAGAGCCAUCAUCACGACGACGUGAAGAACGCGAGUUUCCGGUCGACGGAGAGCGCGGGAUCGACGUCGAGGAGAAGAGGACCGGUGUCGGCUCACGAGCUGCACUACACGGUGAACCGGGCGGCGUCGGAGGAGAUGAAACGGAAGACUUUCUUGCCGUACAAACAGGGACUAUUGGGCUGCCUGGGAGUCCACCCGACGGUGCCGGAAAUUUCUAAAGGCCUCGCUUCCAUGUCUAUGCCCCGUACCCGUCAGCAAUGAAACGAUGAUCUAUCAAACUUUUUUUUUUUUUUUUUUCUUUUUGGUGUUUUACGUGCACUUUGAUUCCAAAAUUUCUUUGGUAUUGAUCGUACAAAUCACAUGGAAAUAGUUAUUAUUGAAAAGGAUUAUUAUUAUUAUUAUUGAAAAAGUCGUAUGGGUAUUAAAUGUUUCACGUUUAAUCCUAUGUACGCAGGCGGCAGGCUGGUCGGAUUCAUAUUUAUAUUCUUUGAAUAAAAAUGCAUAUAUCUCUGAAAAAUA